AUGGCGGAGCUGGGCGAAUUAAAGCACAUGGUGAUGAGUUUCCGAGUAUCUGAGCUCCAGGUGCUCCUCGGCUUUGCUGGCCGGAACAAGAGUGGAAGGAAGCACGAGCUCCUGGCCAAGGCCCUGCACCUCCUCAAAUCCAGCUGUGCUCCCAGCGUCCAGAUGAAGAUCAAAGAGCUUUAUCGCCGCCGCUUUCCCCGGAAAACCCUGGGGCCCUCUGAUCUCUCCCUGAUCUCUCUGCCCCCUGGCCCCCCUCCUGUAGCUUCCCCUGGCCCCCUAGCUCCCAUUCCCCCAGCCCUCUUGGCACCUAGCACGGUGCUGGGCCCCAAACGUGAGGUAGACAUGCACCCCUCUCUGCCUCAGCCUGUGCACCCUGAUGUCACCAUGAAACCAUUGCCCUUCUAUGAAGUCUACGGGGAACUCAUCCGGCCUACCACCCUCGCAUCCACUUCUAGCCAGCGGUUUGAAGAAGCGCAUUUUACGUUUGCCCUCACACCUCAGCAAGUGCAGCAGAUCCUCACUUCCAGAGAGCUUCUGCCAGGAGCAAAAUGUGAUUAUACCAUACAGGUGCAGCUAAGGUUCUGUCUCUGUGAGACCAGCUGUCCCCAAGAAGAUUAUUUUCCUCCCAACCUCUUUGUCAAGGUCAAUGGGAAACUGUGUCCCCUGCCGGGUUACCUACCCCCUACCAAGAAUGGGGCUGAGCCAAAGAGGCCCAGCCGUCCCAUCAACAUCACACCACUGGCUCGACUCUCAGCCACUGUUCCCAAUACUAUAGUGGUCAAUUGGUCAUCUGAAUUUGGACGGAAUUAUUCCUUAUCUGUGUACCUGGUGAGGCAGUUGACUGCAGGGACCCUUCUACAAAAACUCAGAGCAAAGGGCAUCCGGAAUCCAGACCACUCCCGGGCACUGAUCAAGGAGAAACUGACUGCUGACCCAGACAGUGAAGUGGCUACUACGAGUUUGCGGGUGUCCCUCAUGUGCCCGCUAGGGAAGAUGCGUCUGACUGUUCCUUGCCGUGCUCUUACCUGCGCCCAUCUGCAGAGCUUCGAUGCUGCCCUCUAUUUACAGAUGAAUGAGAAGAAGCCGACGUGGACGUGCCCUGUGUGUGACAAGAAGGCUCCCUAUGACUCUCUAAUCAUUGAUGGUUUAUUCAUGGAGAUUCUGAAUUCCUGCUCGGACUGUGAUGAGAUCCAGUUCAUGGAAGAUGGGUCCUGGUGCCCAAUGAAACCUAAGAAGGAGGCAUCUGAGGUUUGCCCCCCACCAGGGUAUGGGCUGGAUGGCCUCCAGUACAGUACAGUCCAAGAGGGAAACCCAUCCGAGAGUAAGAAAAAGGUGGAAGUUAUUGACCUGACCAUAGAUAGCUCUUCAGAUGAGGAGGACCUGCCCCCGACCAAGAAGCACUGUCCUGUCACCUCAGCUACUAUCCCAGCCCUGCCUGGAAGCAAAGGAGUCUUGACCUCAAGUCACCAGCCAUCCUCGGUGCUUCGGAGCCCUGCUAUGGGCACGUUGGGUGGAGAUUUCCUGUCCAGUCUGCCACUACACGAUUACCCACCUGCCUUCCCGCUGGGCGCUGAUAUCCAAGGUUUAGAUAUAUUUUCUUUCCUUCAGACUGAGAGUCAGCACUACGGUCCCUCUGUCAUCACCUCGCUAGAUGAACAGGAUGCCCUUGGCCACUUCUUCCAGUACCGGGGGACUCCUUCCCACUUCCUGGGCCCAUUGGCCCCAUUGGGGAGCUCCCACCGCACCUCCCCUCCAGCACCCCCUCCGGGCCGUGUGAGCAGUAUUGUGGCCCCAGGGGGGACAUUGAGGGAAGGGCAUGGAGGACCCCUGCCCUCCGGUCCCUCCUUAACUGGCUGUCGAUCAGACAUCAUUUCCCUGGAUUGA